AUGGCGUCUGGUCAGGACGAUGUGUUCUCAGGGAAAUGUGCUUACUUCCACCCAGAGUCGUUCACUGUCACGGUGAACAUCAACGAAAACGCGACGCUGUCCAUGUUUGAGUACAACUCGCACAACGGUACUAAUACUACAGAGUGGAGGAAGGACGGUUCUGUGCUCUCCGGAAACUACGCAGAUUGCACCCUGGUUAUCGAGAACGCUCAGAUGUCGGACGAAGGCCUGUAUGAGUGUUACUACAGUGGCACGUACAGUGACCACAAGCAAGGCAUCAUGAGGCUCAUCGUUAGAGAGUGUCCUGAAGGCAAGUGGGGCCCUCCAGCCUGUACCUCCACGUGUGGAGAGUGUUAUAACGGAGUCUGUGAUGACGAGACGGGACAGUGCAUCUGUGAGCCUGGGUUCGGCGGCUUGCACUGCGAUAUAGGCUGUCCCACUGGUUACUUCGGAGACUCGUGUAUCAGCAAGUGUGCCCAUUCUACCUGUCAGGACAAGAUCGUCUGCGGCCCGGACCCGCUAGGCUGCCGAUGUAUAGCGGGAUACAGCGGAUCGUUCUGCACCACACAAUGUCAGUACGGCACCUAUGGUUCGGGCUGCCUACGGACGUGCCACUGCACCUUUCUCUAUGCGUGCAGCAGGUGGACCGGCGUGUGUUCCUUUGGCGGAUGUGCCGCGGGGUGGGAGGGCAACAUGUGCCAGAUAGAUGUCGACGAAUGCGCAUAUGCCACCCUGCACAACUGCCACGCUAACGCAACUUGCACGAACACAGACGGCAGUUUCACCUGUUAUUGCAACGAAGGUUACUCUGGGAACGGAACCAUCUGUACCAAUAUCGACGAAUGUGCAACUAACACGGACAAUUGCCACAAUGAUGCAAUUUGUACCGACACAGACGGCAGUUUUACCUGCACCUGUAACGUAGGGUACACCGGGGACGGAGUCACAUGUUCCGAUAUCGACGAAUGUACAGCUGGCACGGACAACUGCCACGGUGACGCAACCUGCACUAACACAAUCGGCAGUUUUACCUGUUCCUGUAACGUCGGUUACACCGGGGACGGAGUCACUUGUACUGAUAUCAACGAAUGUACAGCUGGCACGGACAACUGCCACGGUGACGCAACCUGCACUAACACAAUCGGCAGUUUUACCUGUUCCUGUAACGUCGGUUACACCGGGGACGGAGUCACUUGUACUGAUAUCAACGAAUGUUCAACUGGCACGGACAACUGUCACGGUGACGCAACCUGUGCUAACACAAUCGGCAGUUUUACCUGCACCUGUAACGUCGGUUACACCGGGGACGGAGUCUCAUGUACCGAUAUCGACGAAUGUACAGCUGGCACGGACAACUGCCACAGUGAUGCAACCUGCACUAACACAAUCGGCAGUUUUACCUGUUCCUGUAACGUCGGUUACACCGGGGACGGAGUCACAUGUACUGAUAUCAACGAAUGUACAGCUGGUACGGACAACUGUCACAAUGAUGCAACCUGCACUAACACAAUCGGCAGUUUUACCUGCACCUGUAACGUCGGUUACACCGGGGACGGAGUCACAUGUACUGAUAUCGACGAAUGUUCAACUGACACGGACAACUGUCACGGUGACGCAACCUGUGCUAACACAAUCGGCAGUUUUACCUGUUCCUGUAACGUCGGUUACACCGGGGACGGAGUCUCCUGUACUGAUAUCGACGAAUGUACAGCUGGCACGGACAACUGCCACGGUGACGCAACCUGCACUAACACAAUCGGUAGUUUUACCUGCUCCUGUAACGUCGGUUACACCGGGGACGGAGUCACCUGUACUGAUAUCAACGAAUGUUCAACUGGCACGGACAACUGUCACGGUGACGCAACCUGCACUAACACAAUCGGCAGUUUCACCUGCACCUGUAACGUCGGUUACACCGGGGACGGAGUCUCCUGUACCGAUGUCGACGAAUGUACAGCUGGCACGGACAACUGCCACAAUGACGCAACCUGCACUAACACAAUCGGCAGUUUUACCUGCACCUGUAACGUCGGUUACACCGGGGACGGAGUCACCUGUACUGAUAUCGACGAAUGUGCAACUACCACGGACAACUGUCACAAUGAUGCAACCUGCACUAACACAAUCGGCAGUUUUACCUGCACCUGUAACGUCGGUUACACCGGGGACGGAGUCUCCUGUCCUGAUAUCGACGAAUGUACAGCUGGCACGGACAAUUGUCACAAUGACGCAACCUGCACUAACACAAUCGGCAGUUUUACCUGCUCCUGUAAUGUCGGUUACACCGGGGACGGAGUUUCCUGUACUGAUAUCAACGAAUGUGCAACUGACACGGACAACUGCCACAAUGAUGCAACCUGUACUAACACAAUCGGCAGUUUUACCUGCAGCUGUAACAUCGGUUACACCGGGGACGGAGUCUCCUGUACUGAUAUCAACGAAUGUGCAACUGGCACGGACAACUGCCACAAUGAUGCAACCUGCACUAACACAAUCGGCAGUUUUACCUGUUCCUGUAACAUCGGUUACACCGGGGACGGAGUCUCCUGUACUGAUAUCAACGAAUGUGUAACUGGCACGGACAACUGUCACAAUGAUGCAACCUGUACUAACACAAUAGGCAGUUUUACCUGCACCUGUAACGUCGGUUAUACCGGGGACGGAGUCUCCUGUACUGAUAUCAACGAAUGUGCAACUGGCACGGACAACUGCCACAAUGAUGCAACCUGCACUAACACAAUCGGCAGUUUUACCUGCACCUGUAACGUCGGUUACACCGGGGACGGAGUCACCUGUACUGAUAUCGACGAAUGUACAGCUGGCACGGACAACUGUCACAAUGAUGCAACCUGCACUAACACAAUCGGCAGUUUUACCUGCACCUGUAACGUCGGUUACACCGGGGACGGAGUCACCUGUACUGAUAUCGACGAAUGUACAGCUGGCACGGACAACUGCCACAAUGAUGCAACCUGCACUAACACAAUCGGCAGUUUUACCUGCACCUGUAACAUCGGUUACACUGGGGACGGAGUCAACUGUACUGAUAUCAACGAAUGUGCAACUGGCACGCACAACUGCCACGCCAACGCAACCUGCACUAACACAGACGGCAGUUUUACCUGCACCUGUAACCCCAGUUACACCGGGGACGGAGUCAACUGUACUCGUUUUGGUAAGAGCAAAAGAUUUGAUUACACAUAA